CCGCGCGCAACGAGCCACCAGUGCAUCUGCUGUUGAAGCGCUCGCAGUCACACACUACAGGCUUUCCAUGUUUAACGUGAGCUUUAUAGAUUGACAUUUAAUGAGUAUGAAAUAACUAAACUGGUUAAAAUACUCAGGGGAAAAGGGGUGUUUUUCCUCCAGGUGCGAUUGUCCGGCUUUUCCUCCGUUUUUUUCUACGGACGUUUCUUCCUUCAUAUCUGAUCGCCCAUCAGUGGAAUGAUCUGGCUUUUAUCUUGUGUCGUUUCCACUUCAGCAUGGGAACUGCCGGGUCCAAAAGGAAGACUUUAAGGACCGAUGCAAUAUCUUCUGUGGCCGCAAAAGUUAGAGCAGCCAGAGCUUUCGGAGAUUACCUGUCUCACACACACCCUGAGAACCGCAACGGAUCAGAUCAGCUUCUAUCUAAUACCUUCAUUGGCCAAGACAAAGACUCCCCUGACGUCAGUCAUCUUCACAACAACAACCUACACCCUCAGAGCCACUGUGGGGCCAAGGCCAGCCAGGACCAGUCCCAGGCCCACAGUCUUCAGUCCCAGCUCAGCACACUGCAUCCCCACCACAGCAGUAUCCAGCCCAGUACCCUGCAGCCAAGCAGUCUGCAGCCCACAGGCCCCUCCAAGCACAGGCUCUCAGCAGGGCUCUCAGCGGAGCGGAGUUUCUCCUCCGAGGAGCAGCAGCCACCUCCCAGGUCCUCUGAGGGGAGCCUGACCAGCCUGAAACCAGCUGCCCAGCGGGUCUACACCAUCACCAGGGAGGGAGGCAUGCUAGGGGGGCGAGGCAGCGAGGAGAAUCUGGAGCUGGAGGUGCUGAAGCAGCCCCUGUCCCCUCCUCCCUCCUCCAACCAGACCUCCUUUUCCAACCAACAACCACCAGGCAGCAAACAUCACCGCGGCAACAUUAGCCAUGGCCCACAGGGCCACAGGCCCAAGUCCCAGCCCCUGCAGAGCUCAGGGAGUGCCCAUAACAUCCGGGACUGGGUGGUGAGGAGGGGGGGCUCGCGGGAGGACUGCACCCCAGACUGUGUCACCUGCAUCAGGGCCCCAUGUCCGAGCCAGCGCUCCCUGGAUCUGGAGACGUCCCCGCGAGACGGAGGAAAACAGAGGAAGAAGCUAGAGAGGAUGUACAGCCAAGACCAAGGCAGAGACAGACGAGGCUCUGCUGAGGAGAGAGAGGACAACCCUAAUAGCUGGUUCCCCAAAGAGAACAUGUUCAGCUUCCAGACGGCUACCACAACAAUGCAGGCAAUAUCGGCAUUCCGGGGCAUUGCUGAGAGAAAGAGGAGGAAAAGGGAACAAGAGGCAACCGCUCCAGUAACCGAGACUGAGAGAAACUUCCGGAAGCACCUGAGAAUGGUGGGCAGCCGCAGAAUGAAGGCUCAGACAUAUGCUGACCGCCGAGCCAAGAGUUUCAACCGCUCCUGGAGUGACCCCAUCCCCAUGAAGCCUGACUCUUUCCAUGGCUCUAGAGACAGUGGGGACUUGCAGUCCUCCUCAGGGGCUCUAGAUGAAGGAUCACAGGAGGAUGCAGACUGGGAGGAGGAGAGAGAGAUGGAGAGAGCAGCCUGUGAGGGAGAGGACUUCAUCCCACCCAAAAUCAUGCUGAUAUCCUCCAAGGUCCCGAAGGCUGAAUAUGUUCCUAACAUCAUCCGUAGGGACGAUCCGUCCGUCAUCCCCAUCCUUUAUGAUCAUGAACAUGCCACAUUCGAUGACAUCAUUGAGGAGAUAGAGAAGAAGCUGACGGCCUAUAGGAAAGGCUGUAAGAUCUGGAACAUGCUCAUCUUCUGUCAGGGAGGUCCGGGGCAUCUGUACCUGCUCAAGAACAAAGUGGCCACAUUUGCCAAAGUGGAGAAGGAGGAGGAUAUGAUCCAGUUUUGGAAGAAGUUGAGUCAGUUUAUGAGCAAGCUGAAUCCUGAGCCCAACCUCAUUCAUAUAAUGGGCUGCUAUGUUCUGGGGAGCGCCAAUGGAGAAAAGCUAAUCCACAAUCUAAAGAGGCUAAUGAGGCCUCAUGCCAUAGAAUUCAAAUCACCGCUAGAGCUGUCUGCACAGGGCAAGGAGAUGAUCGAGAUGUACUUUGACUUCCGUCUAUUCCGCCUGUGGAAAACCCGCCAGCACUCCAAGAUGCUCGAAUAUGAUGACCUUUUGUGACACUGCUCACCUCUGACCUUUGUCAGCCUAUUGGCUGUGUAUCUCAUCACCGAUAGCCUAUGACGGCUUUCCUUGAGAGGUCCUGGACGGGAGCGCUCUGUUGAAGAGGUGGACGACAGGCUUCAGGUAGUUUUGCUCACUGAAGAGGCUUCAAUCCUCUGCUCUCAGACCAAGUGCAGUAGCAAUUACUGUCAGGAGGUGAACUGUAUAUUUCCCCCCAUCCAUUUUCACUGUCUCAACCAAAUGCCUCUACUGACAGAGAACCGUGAGGGAGAGAAGGUAAAAGAGAGAAGUGGAGAGAUCAUCCUUUAGCCUCUGUGUCAAGAGACACAAAAUAGAGCUAGAUUUGGAUCUCGGGAGCCAAGCAAGUCUUCUUUAAAAUAGUCAUAGAGAGAGAUGCAGCUGCAGGGAAGAGAGAGGCUGUGAAAAGGGAGAAGAGAUGGUGAAAGAUUUUCUCCCUUACCUACAUGUCUGUUGUGUGAACUAGGAGGUACAUGGAUGAAAGCUUUUUUUCUUCAGAAAAGUACGUAGAUCUCCCUUAGGAUGGAAAUGUAUUUAUAAAGUGUGUUGGUUGUUUUCAGAGCUUUAGAGAAUAGAUUACCAUGAUCUAUACAUCUACCACAAAUAGAAGAGAGAGUAUACCAAUAAUUCAAAGUAUCUAUACAUAACACAGCUUUUAUUUUUAACUACCUGUAUUGGUAUUUCUUACGGACUGUUUGAAUUGAAUAACUCAGGGUUACUGCUACCCCUCGUUUAUUACUGGCAACGGAGAUGUCUGUCGGCUACUUCCGAUCCUCUCCACCCAGUCUCUAUGUCAACACAUAGAAUCUGAGAUUUUACAGUAGUUGUCAGGGAAACCAUUUAUGUCUGACUGUGCACAUGUUUGUGCGUGAACGAGGGAGGUUGUUUUAUAGAUACGAUUUUUCAUAGACUAGGUCAAUUGUAGCUUAAGGGCUCAAUUGAAUCCGUAUCGCGCUACAGCGUGAUUUAAAUUUAAAGGCAAUGUUCCCGGGUUCGCAGAGACUGCAUUCACGGCACACGCUGCAUAUGUCAGCUCAAUCGGAAAUUACAUUUACUAUAGCGUUGAACUUCAGCGAUACGGAUUGAAUCGGGCCAUAAUACUCAUUACACAUUCAUUAGUGACACUCUGAACUACAGACACAGGCUUUUCUUUCUUGUAGUUCACACCCAGGGACUGAUACCCUUAUGCUGUGGCCCUUCUGUCUUACUCUGCAUUACAUUGUUAACUAGACAUAACUGUUAUCAUGAGGUUUAUGGAAAGUGGACAAGACCUAGCCUAGAUGACUUGUGUCACAGUGAUUUUGGUAAAAGGUAUUAUCAUUAUAUGUACAGUAGACUUACUCAUAUUUAACUUGUAUUGCUGCUUCAUUUACUCUCUGUCCUGCAUGGGUUUUAUUUCAUGCUUGUAUGAUGUAUUCCCCAGGCGCAAUAGCACAAACCAAAAUGACUGGAAUCAUAUCUACAGAUGUAGUAUCUUAAUUUGAUCACCCUGUUACAGGAAAUUAAAAACCUGUAGUGUAUUUGAGGUUUAAAAAGACUUCCUAAAUCUGUCAUUUCCAUAUUGAAAAUUCAGACUUUAUUUUCCUUACAAAAAAAUCUAUCAACUCCUACAAAAAAUGUCCAUUAAUUAUAAUCCACAUAAUAUUUAAAAUGUCCUGUUGCUCUAGGAUGUAUUUCCUGCUGUAGCAAACUGGUUUAAAGGAAUCCUACAUCUGUAAUACACUGCUCCCUUCCUGUGAAAACACCACGUUUGUUCUGAUCAGAUACACAAAUUGGAUGGUGAUAACUCCUUCUCCUUCCUACCUGAAAACUUUGUAUGUGUCCCAAAUGGCACCCUAUUCUGAUAUCAAACCAACCUCUCAGUAUUAUUGUCAUCCACUUCCUGUGUAUUGUGCUAUUGAGUCUUAACUAAUGGGCUUCCUGUCCAGCCUAUGAUACAAAUCAGCAGUGAUACAGUACAUGUCAUGUACACACGCAGGCCAGUUCUGUGGAGCCUGUAAUGAUUACUUUCCAACCUUUGCUUGUGCUCAGGUGGCAGAAUAACACAAUUUAAGGAAGAUUUUCAAAUUUCCUCGUUAAACUGUUCCACCAGAGCAAAUAAGCUAAAUGUGUUUGCUGCUCCUCGUGUGUGUGUGUGUGUGUGUGUGUGUGUGUGUGUGUGUGUGUGUGUGUGUGUGUGUGUGUGUGUGUGUGUGUGUGUGUGUGUGUGUGUGUGUGUGUGUGUGUGUGUGUGUGUGUGUGUGUGUGUGUGUGUGUGUGUGUGUGUGUGUGUGUGUGCGUGCAUGCUAACGUGUGAGUGUGUGUUUCUCAGAAACAUAGCGGGUUGUGGCACUGAGCUGUGGAUCCGUGUGGACAUGCUGAAUACGGAGAGAAAGAAAAGAGAGAGGCACUUUUCUUCAUAUUCCUUAACCACUUUUGCUUGUAUUCAUUAAUGAUGGUACAUAGUGUACACUUCUAAUAACUCUCUGUUCACCUUCCUAGAAUGAGGGAUGCACACCAUGUGUUUUACUCACUGGUGAAGUCGUUUUAACAUGGGGUAUUGUAUAUCUACUCACUUCUCUGUUUGAUGUGUACCUUUACAAAACUGUUCAUUUGUGUUGUGUGACACACCAAGGAUACAACCCCUAUAUCCUGUAGCAAUAGACUUUUUAAUAUUUCCUAUACUGUUAUUAGAAAAUGUGUUUUUGCAUUGUUUUGGUCCCAACUGGACACUGUCCCUACGGUACAGCAAUCUCCAACAUUACUCACUUUGAUAUUGAAGUAGAGAGAGUUGCAGAGAGAGAGAGUGAGGCAGUGACAUAUACAGCGUAGCUUUACCUUAAACACAUUUGAUAUGUGCGGUACAGUGCUAUAGUAGAUGAGCAUGUGUGUAUCUUGCUCAGCUGGCCUUCCCCUUCCUCCUCUCCUCAGUCUUCACUGGUACCUGUCUUUAAGGCAGACCCAGGGACAGAUUAGGUUUAAGAAUUACCAAUAUAUUAAUUGUAACUGUAUCAAAAGACAUCCAAUGGGAAAUAUUUGAUGCCUCUGUUUUAACACAAAUAGGAUUGUAAUGGGAAAUGGAAAUACAGUUAAUUGAGUACAAUGAAUGAAUUGAGAACAGUGAAACACAGUAAAUGAAAUCCGUUUGAAUGAAUCAUUGAUGUAUGGUUAUGCUUUAAGAUAUGGUUUAUAUAUAAUAUGUGGGAUGUGUCCCAAAUGGUAUAUGGACUCCAGGAAAGCUAAGAAGAGUACUUUACUGUAUGAAGGCUAUCGCAAUCUCUUUUGUGAGUUGGCACACUAGAAGUGAUUUGUGAUGGUAGUUAAGAUGUCAGGCAUGGAUAGAUAUUAGAACGUUACAAUUGCAACAAAAGAGACAUGAAGGAGAAGUUUUGUCUUUUUCAGAUGAGAGCUAGUGUCUGUGUCCCAAAUGGCAACCUAUUCCCUAUUUAGUGCACUACUUUUGACCAGUAGGGAAUGCAGUCAGUGUAAUGUAUUAUACUGGAGCCAGACCCAGCAGCGCGUGCACUGACUGCUCAUCGUGGUUUGACUUCUCAUCCUGGCCAAUGAAACAGCCAUUUCCAUUUCUCUAGGGAGCAAUAUAAUUACACAAAUCAAGACAUCCGUCUUCAAUGCCUCACAAGUUCUAUUAAUACAGAAUGAAACCUUCUGUCAUCACCAAUAAUAAAGUAAAACAUAUCCAUGAACUUACAUCCUAUUUUUAAUUGAUGAGUUUAUCCCACAUUGAUUCUGCUGCCACUAUAUCCAGAGAGAUUAUAUGCAUCCCAAAUAGCACAACAUUCCCUAUAUAGUGCAUGACUUUUGACCAGUGCCCUAUGGGGAAAAGGGUGUGAUUUGGGACUCAGCCGUUGCUUGGUUCUCUGCUCUCUGCACUCUGCUCUGUGUUGGGGAAGCUGAUUUGAGUUUUGAUGAUUGAUUGAUGGAGCUCUGAUUGCUCUGACGCCUCAUGUUGGGAAGUGAUUGUAUUUUGGGAUGAGGGGGGGGGGGGGGGGGGGCGCUCAACGAUCUCAUAUUGUCUGUCUUAUUGAACUUCCUUCAAAGUCAUGCAUUUUCAGUAGAUCUGUGUAGCAUCCUACAAUUCAAAGAUCUUAGCAGGAUCUUAGCAGUGAUAACUAUUACUACUGUAAAUCUUUAGUCAGGUUGAAUCUCCAAAUGUCUUGAUAAAAGUAUUGUUUAAUAUGAUAAUUAUCAUAGUGAUAAUGAUUGAUGUCUCUGGGGAUUUUGAUACUAGGAUACUAAAGGAAAUACACUGGGUAGUGUACUUUUAGCCGUACAGUGCAUUCGGAAAAUAUUCAGACCUCUUGACUUUUUCCACAUGUUGUACAGCUUUAUUCUAAUUUAUAUAUAUAUAUAUAAAAAUAAUUUAGCAGUCUAAUCACAAUACCCCAUAAUGACAAAUCAAAAGUAGGUUUUUAUAAUACAGAAAUACCUUAUUUACAUAAGUAUUCAGAACCUUUGCUAUGAGAGUCGAAAUUAAGCUCAGGUGCAUCCUGUUUCCAUUGAUCAUCCCUGAGAUGUUUCUACAACUUGAUUGGAGUCCACCUGUCUAAGGUCCCACAGUUGACAGUGCAUGUCAAAGCAAAACCCAUGCCACGAGGUCGAAGGGAUUGUCUGUAGAGCUCCAAGACAGGACUUUGUCGAGGCACAGAUCUGGCGAAGGGUACCAAAAAUAUCUGCAGCAUUGAAGGUACCCAAGAACACAGUGGCCUCCAUGAUUCUUAAAUGGAAGAUGUUUGGAACCACCAAGACUCUUCCUAGAGCUGACCACCCAACCAAACUGAGCAUUCGGGGGAGAAGGGCCUUGGUCAGGGAGGUGACCAAGAACCCGAUGGUCACUCUGACAGAGCUCUAGAGUUCCCCUGUGGAGAUGGUUGUCCUUCUAGAAGGUUCUCCCAUCUCUGCAGCACUCCACCAAUUAGGCCUUUAUGGUAGAAUGGCCAGAUGGAAGCCACUCCUCAGUAAAAGGCACAUGAUAGCCUGCUUGGAGUUUGCGAAAAGGCACCUAAAGAAUCUCAGACCAGGAGAAACAAGAUUCACUGGUCUGAUGAAACAAAGAUUGAACUCUUUGGUCUGAAUGCCAAGCGUCACGUCUGGAGGACGGACACCUGGCACCAUCCCUACGGUGAAGCAUGGUAGUGGCAGCUUAAUGUUUUUCAGCGACAGGGACUGGGAGACUAGUCAGGAUCAAGGCAAAGAUGAGAUCCUUGAUGAAAACCUGCUCCAGAGCGCUCAGGAUCUCCGACUGGGGCGACAGUUCACCUUCCAACAGGACAAUGACCCUAAGCACACAGUCAAGACAAUGCAGGAGUGGCUUCAGAAGAGCCCGGACUUGAACCCGAUUGAGCAUCUCUGGAGAGACCUGAAAAUAGUUGUGCAGCAACGCUCCCCAUCCAACCUGACAGAGCUUCAGAGGAUCUGCAGAGAAGAAUGGAGAAACUCCCCAAAUACAGGUGUGCCAAGCCUGUAGCAUCACACCCAAGAAGACUCGAUGCUGUAACCGCUGCCAAAGGUGCUUCAACAAAGUACUGAGUAAAGGGUCUAAAACAUAUGUAAAUAUGAUAUUUCAGUUUUUUAUUUCUAAUUAAUUAGAAAAUGUCAAACUGUUUUUUCUUUGUCAUUAUGGGGUUUUGUGUGUACGUUGAUUAGAAAAACAACAACAAUUUAAUCAAUUUUAGAAUUAAGGCUGUAAUGUAACAAAAUGUGGAAAAAGUCAAGGGGUCUGACUACUUUUCCUGAAGGCACUGUAUAUCAUGAGAAUUUAGUAGAAUUUUUUUCCCUUGCUGUAACUGAACUAACAUUACAAGCAGUACAGUAUGUUUCACAUUGUACAACAAUGGUACUAACCAGUAUAAAUGUUUUCAAAGUGUUUUUUUCCCCCAGUAAAAAAAAUCUCUAAUUAUAA